AUGUUGAGAGCAUCAAUUGCACCUUUGAGAUUAGUAUCCGUCCCAUCCAUCCGGGCAAUCCAUGGAUGUGCCAGAGUACUUGCUAAGAACGACUCAUCCACCAUCGAUUCGUUCAAGCUCCCAUCUCAGACGUCAAUUAACGAAUGGGAGUUCAAAUAUGACUUCGUGCCUAAGGUUGCGCAACCAAAGAUCCCUCCUGUGAGUCCUGAGGCUGUGAAGCAAGACAUUGCUCAGACCAAGAAGCAACAGGUCGAGACCGAGUUGUUCAACAAGGAAUUGAAUUCCUCAGUCAAAGUUGAGGCCAAUAAUGCCGCCGUUGUUAGUGGAGGUGAACAAGUUGGUGCAGAGGUUGAGUAUCUCCAGGAUAAGGGAUCUGAGCCUGUGGACUCUUCUCCGAAGACUCGCAUUGGAGAGUCUCAGCCAAAGAAGACCGCUAACCAUGACAAUUACGUUCAGUCGUCGAUCAAUCCUGAGAUCAACCAAUCCACUGUUGUGAGUCUUGACCACGACAAGGAGGUUGACCAUAAAACCUCGGAUGUCCACCACGCAAAGGUGGUCGAUGAUGUUGAACACGACCACGAGACCCAACAGGCACCCACUGAGACUUCUUCUAGUGGCGCAGCUAAACUUUUCGCCGUAUUAGGAUUGGGAGGUGUUGCUGGCUACUUUUGGUUUGGAGCUCCAGAGAAGAAAAAGUAA